AUGGAGUGCAGGUCAGGGGAAACUGCUGGAAACCAGGUGCAGAGGCUGCGGCUGGAGCGAGGGGGGUUGAGACAGGGUGAGCAGGUCCAGAGGGGAAUCCAAGAGAGUAGUAGAGUGGGGGAUCCAGGACAGAGUAGUAGGAUGACGUGACGUGGGACUGGAGACAGGGACCAGAGUCAGAGCGGGCAGAAUUGUAGCGAGAAGGAAAACAGCAUCAGGCAAGGAAAACAUGCACACCAGGGCCUCCUGUAGCUCAGUUGGUAGAGCAUUGCGCUUGCAACGCCAGGGUUGUGGGUUCGAUUCCCACGGGGGGCCAGUAUGAAAAAUGUAUGCACUCAUUAACUGUAAGUCGCUCUGGAUAAGAGCAUCUGCUAAAUGACUAAAAUGUCAACGUAAACAACAGGAUCUGAACAGUAACACACGGCUAGAACCGUAGACUGACUGAGCAGAGAUUACGAUGUGGAAGUGGCAGGACUGAGUAUUUGUAGAGGUCUUGAUUAUGGAACAGGUUGCAGCUGGUGGGGAUCUGCUCUAACUCCAACACACCUGUCUCUGCCCACACAAUCACACAGAGAGAGAGAGUACUGGGGGAGUGGUGGCAGGUCCAGGAGACACAGGAUGAGCAGUAGAGGGUGUUGCAGGAGCAAAUGUGACAGUUACUAGAACACUCUAUUUUUCAUUUGUUUCAAGAUUGCAUUGAAAAUGGUGAAAUGGUCUCCACUAUGAAACAGGGCCUUAUUUCACUGAUUCCGAAGCUUGAUAAAGACCCUUCUCUCAUUGACAAUUGGAGACCAAUUACUUUAGUAAAUAUUGAUUACAAAUUGAUUGCUCUGGUUUAUGCCAAAAUAUUAAAGAAAUGAAUAGAUCCCAUUAUAAAUGAGACUCAAACAGGAUUUAUGAAGGGCCAUCACAUAAAUUCCAACAUUCGUUUAGUCUUGGACCUUUUAGAUUAUUCAGAUGCAAUUGACUCAGAUGCUGUUGUUUUAUAUUGGGACUUCUGUAAAGCCUUUGACACAAUUGAACAUGAAUUUCUCUUUCGGUCUCUUAAACUUUUUGGUUUCGGUGAAAAUAUUAUCAAAGUCAUUCACAUGUUUUACAAAGAUAUAAAUAGUUCUGUGAUACUAAACAUUAAUACAUCCAAAAGAUUCAGUAUCAACAGAAGUGUACAACAGGGAUGCCCAAUUUUGCCCUUUUUAUUCAUUUUGGUUGCGGAACUUCUAACUCUAGAUAUUCUGAAUAAUGCAAAUCUGCAUGGUUUAUCCAUUUUUAACAGAGAAAUUAAAACUUCCCAACUGGCUGACGAUACUACUCUUUUUUUUAAAGACCAGGUCGCCCAUGCCCUUAAUGUUAUCACUGCGUUCUCUAUUGCAUCUGGAUUCAAACAGAACGUUUCUAAAUGUGAAAUCUUAUGUUUAUAUGACUCUGAUGAUAAAGAAAUAGAAAAUAUUCCUGUAAAGGACUGUGUUAAAUAUUUAGGAAUACAUCUAUCAAAAAAACACGUAGUCAGACAACAUAUGAAUUUCUCUCCUAAAAUUAAGAAAAACAAUCAUAUAUUUAAGAAUUGACUACAAAGGGAUCUUUCUAUACUUGGGAGAGUUUUUCUGUCCAAGGCAGAGGGACUGUCUUACUUUGUGCACCCCUCAUUAUCUUUAUUUGUAAAUCUCUCUACCUGUAAAGAGAUCAACAAGACCUUUCUUGACUUCAUCUGGAAAGUCUCACAAACUAAAAAAGUCAGUCCUCUCAAAUAAAAGGUUGGGAAGUUUAAAUAACACUUUCAAGAUCAAAUGGUUGAAAAGAUGAUUGGGCAAUACAGAAUCACUGUGGUAUUUCAUUCCAAAAAAUGUGUUUAAUAAAUUGGGAGGUCUUACAUUUUUACUGAAAUGGAAUUAUAUUCCUGAAAGAUUACCUGCGAAAUUGGCUAGGUUUCACCAACAAGCUUUAAUGUCCUGGAAAAUAUGUUUCCUGCACAAUUCUGUCACGAUCGUCAGGGAGAGACCAAGGCGCAGCGUUGAAUGCGAACAUUAUAUUUAUUAGAAUGAUCACACGAUCAAAACAACAGACGAAAACGUGAUGUCUACGGUUGAACACAAACCAAAAUAGAACAAGAAACCACAAACACAAAGUGAAAGACAGACAGUUAAAUAUGGCUCCCAAUCAGAGACAACCAGCUGACACUCGUUGCCUCUGAUUGGGAGUCACUCAGGCCAACAUAGAAAUACAAACAUAGAAUUACACACCCUGGCUCAACAUAACAGUGUCCCCAGAGCCAGGGCGUGACAGUACCCCCCCCUAAAGGCGCGGACUCCGACCGCGCCAACUAAAUACCACAGGGGAGGGACCGGGUGGGCACUCCGCCUUGGCGGCGGAUCCGGCUCCGGGCCUGAUCCCCACUCCCUCUCCAACCCCCCAAAGUACCCCUGGUCCGGUCUGGCCCCGCUGGCCGGAGCUGGACUGCACACUGAUGGAGCGGAUUGCUCUAGCUCCGGCGUAACGCAUCUGACCGGUGCCGGACCAGGCACCAGUGGAACAGGCACGGGCCGUGCCGGACCGACGACGCACACCACUGGCUUGGUGUGGGGAGCAGGAGCGGACCGAGCCGGGCUGACGAAACGCACCACAGACUUGGUGCGGGGAGCAGGAAUGGGCCGGACUGGGCUGGCGACGCGCACCACAGACUUGGUGCGGAGAGCAGGAACGGGCCGGACAGGGCUGACGAAACGCACCACAGACUUGGUGCGGGGAGCAGGAAUGGGCCGGACUGGGCUGGCGACGCGCACCACAGACUUGGUGCGGAGAGCAGGACCGGGCCGGACAGGGCUGACGAAACGCACCACUGACUUGGUGCGGGGAGCAGGAAUGGACCGGACCGUACUGGGGACACACACCACUGGCCCUACACCGGGAUCUGGAACGGGCCGGACCGGACUGGCAACACACGCCAGUACCUCUCGCCGUGCCUCUACAUCCUCCAUCCCCUCUUCGACCAGUGGCCCCCGUAACCUGGCGGUCUCCUCUGGCAACCCGCUGGACCGCUCUAUCGCGGCCUCCUGCUGGUCCGACGUCGUGAGCCCCCCCCUAAAAAUUUUCUGGGAGUCUCUCUUCCCCGUGGGCCAGGCCUCGAUAAUUCUCGCCCAACUCUCGCUCUUCUGCUUCCAAUCUCCGCCAUUCAGCUCCUCAUUCGGCUUGACCCAGUCGAAGCUCUGCCUCCACUGUUGCCAAGUCCACCCACUCUGCUCCUCACUAGGCUGCUUGGUCCAGUUCUGGUGGUUUCUUCUGUCACGAUCGUCAGGGAGAGACCAAGGCGCAGCGUUGAAUGCGAACAUUAUAUUUAUUAGAAUGAUCACACGAUCAAAACAACAGACGAAAACGUGAUGUCUACGGUUGAACACAAACCAAAAUAGAACAAGAAACCACAAACACAAAGUGAAAGACAGACAGUUAAAUAUGGCUCCCAAUCAGAGACAACCAGCUGACACUCGUUGCCUCUGAUUGGGAGUCACUCAGGCCAACAUAGAAAUACAAACAUAGAAUUACACACCCUGGCUCAACAUAACAGUGUCCCCUAGAGCCAGGGCGUGACAAAUUCUUCCUCACAUAAACCUCUUUUGUGGAAUAAUAACUGUAAGGAAUAAGUCAUUGUUCUACCCUAGCUGGCAUGAGAGGAAUAUUGACUUUGUUCUUGAUGUUUUCGACAACAGGGGUAAUAUUCUUUCAUAUGAACAAUUUAUAAGUUUCUAAUACCUUUCAGAUAGUUUAUUUCUGUGAUCUAAGCCAUUCCCAGUGGUCUAACUACACAAAUGUAAACUAAUCUUAGCUUUGGUGAUGAUCACAGAGCUUAUCCAGAACUCAGCUUGGAACGCGUGGGCUUACUUGAGAAAUCUUAUUGUAACAAAUACAUAUGACACAUUUUCCAUUCACGGAACCAAUUUAUGCCUAGGGGAAAGACAUUCUGGAAAAUGCUUAUUCCUGACAUUGUCUGGAAAAAAGCUUGGUUGAUGCCUUAAUAAUAUUGUAUCCCAAACAAAUUUAAGGAAGUGCACUUUAAGAUUCUACAUAAGAAAUAUCCAUGUAAUUCUAUGUUGUCCAAAUUUGUUGAUAUUGAUGAUAUCUGCGAAAAAGAAGGUGAAAAUCUGACUCACUUGUUCAAUGAAUGCAAAUCUGUGAUAGAUUUUUUGAAAAACCUUGCAGAAUACUUAUUUACAUUUUUGAACACUACCCAUGUUUUUGAUGACAGCUUUGCACACCCUUGGCAUUCUCUCAACCAGCUUCAUGAGGUAGUCACCUGGAAUGCAUUUCAAUUAACACGUGUGCGUUGUUAAAAGUUAAUUUGUGGAAUUUCUUUCCUUCUUAAAGCGUGUGAACCAAUCAGUUGUGUUGUGACAAGGUAGGUUUGGUAGACAGAAGAUAGCCCUAUUUGGUAAAAGACCAUGUCCAUAUUAUGGCAAGAAGAGCUCAAAUAUGCAAAGAGAAAUGACAGUCCAUCAUUACUUUAAGACAUGAAGGUCAGUCAAUAAGGAACAUUUCAUGAACUUUGAAAGUUUCUUCAAGUGCAGUCGCAAAAAACAUCAAGCGCUAUGAUGAAACUGGCUCUCAUGAGGACCGCCACAGGAAAGGAAGACCCAGAGUUACCUCUGCUGCAGAGGAUAAGUUCAUUAGAGUUAACUGCAACCUCAGAUUGCAGCCCAAAUAAAUGCUUCACAGAGUUCAAGUAACAGACACAUCUAAACAUCAGCUGUUCAGAGGAGACUGUGUGAAUCAGGACUUCAUGGUCGAAUUGCUGCAAAGAAAUCACUACUAAAGGACACCAAUAAUAAGAAGAGACUUGCUUGGGCCAAGAAACAUGAGCAAUAGACAUUAGACCGGUAGAAAUAUGUCAUUUUGUCUGAUGAGUCCAAAUUUGAGAUUUUUGGUUCCAACCGCCGUGUCUUUGUGAGAUGCAGAGUAGGUGAACGGAUGAUCUCCACAUGUGUGGAGGAGGAGGUGUUGUGGGGGUGCUUUGCUGGUGACACUGUCAGUGAUUUAUUUAGAAUUUAAGGCACACUUAACCAGCAUGGCUACCACAGCAUUCUGCAGCGAUACGCCAUCCCAUCUGGUUUGCGCUUAGUAGGACUAUCAUUUGUUUUUCAAAAGGACAAUGACCCAAAACACACCUCCAGGCUGUGUAAGGGCUAUUUGACCAAGAAGGAGAGUGAUAGAGUGCUGCAUCAGAUGACCUGGCCUCCACAAUCACCCGACCUCAACCCAAUUGAGAUGGUUUGGGAUGAGUUGGAACGCAGAGUGAAGGAAAAGCAGCUAACAAGUGCUCAGCAUAUGUGGGAACUCCUUCAAGACUGUUGGAAAAUAAUUCCUCAUGAAGCUGGUUGAGAGAAUGCCAAGAGUGUGCAAAGCUGUCAUCAAGGCAAAGGGUGGCUACUUUGAGGAAUCUCAAAUAUAAAAUAUAUUUUGGUUUGUUUAACACUUUUUUGGUUAUUACAUGAUUCCAUAUGUGUUAUUUCAUAGUUUUUAUGAAUUCACUAUUAUUCUACAAUGGAGGCAAUAGUAAAAUUAAAGAAAAACCUGGAAUGAGUAGGUGUGUCCAAACCUUUGACUGGUACUGUAUAUACAGUGGGGAGAACAAGUAUUUGAUACACUGCUGAUUUUGCAGGUUUUCCUACUUACAAAGCAUGUAGAGGUCUGUAAUUUUUAUCAUAGGUACACUUCAACUGUGAGAGACGGAAUCUAAAACAAAAAUCCAGAAAAUCACAUUGUAUGAUUUAAGUAAUUAAUUUGCAUUUUAUUGCAUGACAUAAGUAUUUGAUACAUCAGAAAAGCAGAACUUAAUAUUUGGUACAGAAACCUUUGUUUGCAAUUACAGAGAUCAUACGUUUGCACACACUGCAGCAGGGAUUUUGGCCCACUCCUCCAUACAGACCUUCUCCAGAUCCUUCAGGUUUCGGGGCUGUCGCUGGACUUUCAGCUCCCUCCAAAGAUUUUCUAUUGGGUUCAGGUCUGGAGACUGGCUAGGCCACUCCAGGACCUUGAGAUGCUUCUUACGGAGCCACUCCUUAGUUGCCCUGGCAACUCCUUAGUUGCUACAAUGUAUCAAAUCAGAAUUGCUGGAGUGGGCAUGGGACAGUUUUGUUGAGUAACCAAGGAAUAGCCUAUAAUUCAGAAUGUAGCAUAAUGCUUUUGCUAAUUGAAGCAGUUUUUUUGUUCCAUUCCUUCUGGUCCUUCGCAGGCGUGUCAAUUGGGUACGGCAGGGUAUGGCAUACCCUAGCACAACACCAACAAUUGAAAAUAGGCUACUAAAAUUAUUCCAAUGCCGAUUAAAAGGCAAAUGCAGAUUAGCGGUAUUAGUGGGCUGGCUUUAGGACAAUGCAUAUGCCUGGGAGAGGGAAGGCUGUUUGUAUGGCUGGCUGGCUUUGUGGAGAGUGCAUACAGUGCAUUUGGAAAGUAUUCAGACCCCUUGACUUUUUCCAUAUUUCGUUACUUUACAGCCUUAUUCUAAAAUGGAUUAAAGUGUUUUUUCCCCCUCAUCAAUCUACACACAAUACCCCAUAAUGACAAAGCAAACAUGUAAAUAUCACAUUUACAUAAGAAUUCAGACCCUUUACUCAGUGCUUUGUUGAAGCACCUUUGGCAGCGAUUACAGCCUCAAGUCUUCUUGGGUAUGACACUACAAGCUUGGCACACCUGUAUUCUUCUCUGCGGAUCCUCUCAAGCUCUGUCAGGUUGGAUGGGGAGCGUCGCUGCACAGCUAUUUUCAGGCCUCUCCAGAGAUGUUCAAUCGGGUUCAAGUCCGGGCUCUGGCUGGGCCACUCAAGGACAUUCAGAGAAUUUUCCCGAUGCCACUACUGCGUUGUCUUGGCUGUGUGCUUAGGGAGCCUUCGCCCCAGUCUGAGGUCCUGAGCUCUCUGGAGCAGAGCAGGUUAACUUUUCUCCGUUCAUCUUUCCCUCGAUCCUGACAGAGCAGAACUGGCGGAGCAGAACUAUGACAUUGGUGAUCGGGAGCUGUUGGUUGGCUGUUGUCAGAGCCCUGACAGCGUGGAGGUACUGGUUCGAGGGGGUGAAACACCCUUUCUUCGUCUGGACUAACCACCAUAACCUGGAGUACAUCUGGGCAGUGAGGAGGCUGAACCCUCGCCAGGCCAGGUGGGCCCUGUUCUUCACCCGGUUUGAUUUCACGCUGUCCUAUAUACCAGGCACGAAGUACGUGAAGGCAGACGCACUGUCACGGCUGUACGACCCAGAGGAGAGGCCCAUUGACAACACCCCCAUACUCCCAGGCCUCCUGCAUUGUGGCGCCGGUGGUGUGGGUGGUGGACGCCGACAUAGAGCGGGCGUUACGCACAGAGACAACUCCACCUCAGUGCCUUGCUGGACUUCGGUACGUGCCGUCUAGUGUCCGUGAUCGUCUUAUCUAUUGGGCACACACGUCCCCCUCCUCUGGUCACUCAGGCAUCGGCCGUACAGUGCGCUGCCUGACCGGGAAGUACUGUUGGCCUACCUUGGCUAAGGACGAGAGGGUGCAUGUCUCCUCCUGCUCGGUGUGCGCCCAGAGUAAGGCACCUAGGCACCUUCCAGCAGGUAAGUUACACCCUUACCAGUUCCACAACGGCCAUGGUCCCACUUAUCCAUUGAUUUCCAAACUGAUCUACCCCUCUCUCAGGGUAACAACACCAUCCUGGUCGCUGUGGACCGCUUCUCUAAAGCCUGCCGCCUCUUUCCUCUGCCCGGUCUCCCCACAGCCCUGCAAACUGCAGAAGCCCUGUUUACUCACGUCUUCUGGCACUACGGGGUGCCAGAGGACAUAGUGUCUGACCGGUGUCCCCAGUUUACGUCCAGGGUCUGGAAGGCGUUCAUGGAACGUCUAGGGGUCUCGGUCAGCCUGACCUCUGGGUUUCACCCCAAAUCUAAUGGGCAGGUGGAACGGGUGAAUCAGGAUAUGGGUAGGUUCCUGCAGUCCUACUGCCAGGACCGGCCGGGGAGUGGCAGUGUUCUUGCCAUGGGCUGAAUAUGCACAGAACUCUCUCCGCCACUCCUCCACUAACCUGUCACAAUGUCAAUGUGUUUUAGGGUAUCAGCCGGUCCUGGCACCGUGGCAUCAGAGCCAGACUGAAGCUCUUGCGGUGGACGGCUGGUUUCGGCGCGCGGAGGAGAUGUGGAACGCUGGGUGUGGGGCCUUCAGUACCUCGUGGAGUGGGAGGGGUAUGGUCCGGAGGAGCGAUGCUGGGUCCCGGUGAAGGAUGUCCUCGAUCCCUCCCUGUUGCAGGAUUUCCACCGUCGCCAUCCGGAUCGGCCUUCUCCGCGUCCACCUGGCCGUCCCCGAUCGGCCUUCUAGCCACUGCCACUCCUCUUCUUAUCAUUCCAUUUGUUUUGUCUUGUUUUUACCCACACCUGGUUCAUAUCCCCUCAUCAGUCCCUGUAUAAGUAUUUCCUCUGCCCCCAUGUCUUUGUGUGUGAUUGUUUCCAUGUGGAGGUGUCGAUAGCUUGGUGGAGCAUUAUGUACUUUAUCAUCGGGAUAUUCACCCGUGUGUUUUGUUUUUCCCAGUGCGCCAUUAAGUCGCACUGUAGUUGUUUUACGCAUUGCUGCGAACCGCUGUAUUGGCCGAAUAAACCAUUAUUUACAUCUCCUGCGCCUGACUCCAUCCAAAUCACCCGCUACACUGGGCACACACUGGUUGAAUCAACAUUGUUUCCACAUCAUUUCAAUGAAAUUACGUUGACCCAACAUGGAAUAGACGUUGAAUUGACGUCUGUGCCCAGUGGGAACUGUAACACAGGAGAUGGCGAGGCACAGUCAAAGAUGUACUUCCCCAAUCUAACAUCUCUAUUUUACAAAGAGGUAAGAAAAACUACGUCUGUGUAGCGUAACAGUAUUGUUAACAGUAUUGUUAUGUCUGUAUAACAAUUGUAAUAAGUGAGUGAGGGAGGGAAUAUUUACUGCAUACUGUAAGUAUUAUGUAUUCCUUAUAACCACUGAGAAUGAUAUGACGUGGUGACUGUGUUUGUCUUUAGACGUGAACCUCAGCCCACUGACAAGCAGAGUCAUCACUCCUAGGAAGAUGAGCUCAUGUCACAGGUUAGUCAAAAUUCUCUUCCACGGAAGUGCACAUUUGACACAAAUGCCAAACCAAUUACUCAUCACCCAGACAUUGACAUUUUACAGUUCCACCCCUACAUACAGUGUAGACAGACAACACAUAGGGGCGGUUUCCCGGACACAGAUGAAGCCUAAUACUGGACUAAAAAGCAUUUUUUAAUGGCGAUUCUCCAUUGAGCUUGCUUUUUAUUCCAGGACUAGGCUUAAUCUGUGUCCAGGAAACCACCCAAUAAAGUGCUAGUCUUAGUGCUAGAUCAGUAUUUUGUGUGUCCUGGAGGCAUGCUACCUGUUGUGACAUGUAAGUAGAGAAAUAAUCACUGUUGUUGAGUGAGCCUCUGUGUCCACCCCCACAGACAGCUGAGGCUUCCAGGAGGACCAUGGAGGAAGUUGAAAUACUUCUAUUCAGCCAGUGGAUUUCAUUCAAGGCUUUUUUGCUCCAGUGGGCCUGAGGUAGGUAAGUCUGGUCCAUAAUUAAACAGGUAAACAGAGCUUGUACAUGUGUCCCAUCACUUAAGGUUGAAGUCUGGUCCUUGUAAUUCACACCAUCUGUUCUGUAGGUCCCUGCUAUGUAUUAGGAAACCUCCUUCCCAAUUGAAUGGGAAAGAUUGGCACAAUCUAAUUGCAUAAGCCUCUUCUCUCUUAUUUUGCCCUUUGCUCUGCAUGUUUCAGCCACACGUCACAUCACAUACCAGACAUUAUGUCAGGGAAAUAAGUAUGCAAUAAACAGACCAGUACUAAAAAGAAACAAAAAGUAAGAGCAAAGUGGUAAGUGUUCCAUAACAGCAUGUUCUGUAUUGUACUGUACUAUACUGUACUGACUGGUCUGUUAUAGGGUAGUUAGAUAGGUUAUAACAAGAUAGUUAAGCCUACUGUAGGUAAUGCAAUGUGUGGACAUACUAUCCUGUAGAAUCCUGCAACAAUAGAGAUUUUGGCUUAUGUAUUUCAGUAAUCUUAGUGCUCUUGAUAAUUCAAGAGCAUGUGUUCGUUCAUUGCUGUGUUUAAAUACUGGUCCUUUCCUUCACAGACCCCUUUGAGAUCCACAAGAAGAAGUUUACCUUAUGGUUCAGCCACCCACUUCACCCCAGAGACCAUGCACGUGGAGCCCCUCAUCCUGGAAAGGAAGCCAGAGGAGAGGAAAGGGCCCUUAAUCACCCCCCUCCUCAAGGCAUCCCAGGCCCCUCAGAGCGCCUUGGUCACCGUGGAGCAGCUCUUUGAGCCCACUCAGCAAGGAGGAACGGAGCAGGACCUUAACGUGCUGCUGUAUGGGGCAGUCGGGACAGGGAAGAUCACGGUGGUGCGGAAGCUGGUUCUAGACUGGUGUGCCGGGCUCACUUUGACCCAGUUCAAACUACUGGUGUCCUUCUCCUGCAAGGACCUCUCCCAGUUAUCCAAGUCCACAUCUCUGAGAGACCUGGUCAGCAGGUAA